AUGGGUACAUAUGAUCAAAUGAUAGUUGAUAAUCGAUAUUCUGGUGACUUUGAUAAUGAAAAUUAUUUAUUUUCCAAGGAAUCUGAUGCACAAGAAGAUAGUUCGAACAAAGAUGACGAUGCGAAUGGUUUACUGGGGCGUAGAGUUUAUUUAGAAUCUCCAUCGUUCGGUAAUAAAGAAGAAGAAGAUAUGUACAGAUAUGUUUCAAGUCGUUUAACUAAUCAUACGGGAUCUUUAAUUGACACAAAAGUACCGGCACCAACCGGAGCAACAUUAAUGGAUUCACUCGACUAUGAAUUAGAUGUUAUGGGCACUAAUAAUACUCGAUCUCAAAUACCCCAUCGACGAGAGUCAAAUCCAGUCAAAUCGCAAGGACAAUUAUCUACUACUUUAACAACUAUGCCAAGAGCUGAUCCUCGACAAGAUCCUCUCUUGGGUCCUUUGCUUGCUGAACUUGAUGCGAUGUCUAAUCAACAGCAGCAGCAACAAAUACCACCAAUUCCUUUUACUCCUCCUCGUCGACCUUCUACUCAUCGAAGGAAUUCAUUGCCCUAUCAAUCUAGUUUUGUUCGACCAACCGGUUCAUCUCAAACUAAUCAUGUUUUAUCAAACAUAGCAAAUCGAGCAGUAACUGACGCAUUGUUUGAAGUUGAAUUAUUGGAUACCUUAGAUUCGAAAGAUCAACCACAACAACAACAACAGCAGCAGCAGCAGCAACAGCGGCAGCAUCAAAUGGAUCCUUAUUCGACUUCAAACAUAAAUUUAUCAAAUUAUUCUCAAUUUCAACCACAAAUACCAUCUCGUUUUGCACAAAUUGAUAAUAGUGAUAUAUUUGUCCCUUCAUCUUAUAGUAGUGAGCCUAAUUCAUUUUUGAAUUAUUUUGGUCCAGAAGAUCAAUUAUUUCAAAGACCCACAUUUAAUUCUCUUGGACAAAAUUAUAUACCCAAUACGAGACAACAGCAACCACCACCACCACCACCUCAAUUUAAUCAACGUGUUCCUUCAUUGGAUCAAACUCAUAUUCAUUUAUCACCAACACAACGAACGUCCUAUGCCAGACCUCAGUUAACACCAAAUGCUAUCAAUAGUCAACAACAACAACAACAAACAUCAGUAUAUUCUGUUCCAUCAAAUCAACAAAAUAGAAAUGUAUUUGAUGAAUAUCAAAAAUUUCCACCACAGCAACAAUAUAAUGAAUUAAACACACGCCAAAUAAAUCCGCCAAACAAUCAAGAAAUGUUUUUUACAGAUGCAAAAGAUGAUCAAUUCGAACAGCAGUCACCUGUAAUCAGUCAACGUAGCAAUGAUCAACUAGAUCAAGAUUCUAAACGGCAAGCUGUUUGGAGUGAGUUACAACGGACAAGUGCUAAAACUCAAGAGAAAAAGUCUAAAAAACGAGAAGCAAUGAAUCGAAGCAAAGGAACAUUUGGUUCCAGUUCCACGUGGAAUAGUGCCGGUAGUCAACCAUUAGCAACACAGUUCAAGCCACCCCAACGCAUUGUUCAUCACCCACCACCAAUAACAAAACCAAGUCAAAGCGAAGAAUAUAUCGAUACGAAUAGAAAUAAAGAAAAUGUUUAUCGACCACCAGCAAGAAGAUAUGAAAAGUUAAAUCUUCCUAUUGACAAUGAAAACGAAAGAUAUGAACACGAGCCUAAAAUAGUAUCAUUAUCAUCAUCACCGUCAACUAAGCCACCACGCCAAUCUAGUUUACCUGUUACAUUUAAUUUGAAUACGAAUGAAAAAUCUCACAGUGAAUCUACGUCUGGUGUUAUGACUGUCCCACUUGAUAGUCACAUUACUCGUGAUGGAGAUAAAAUUUCGUUGAAUAUUGAUUUACGUCUUGUUGACAUACAAAACAUUAGACAACAACAACAACAGCAACAGCAGCAAGCACCAGAUCCUGGCCAUUGGUCUAAUUUCGAUCCAUUAGAACGACAUAUUCGAAAAUUAGAACGUAAUAUUGAUCAAUCUUUACCAACAACAAAUCCACCUCAACGAAGUCCAACAAUGCCAAGUACCGGUGUUAAUGCAUCAAUGGGUCGAUAUGGAAAAGCGCCAACAGGAACAAAUCGUAGUGGAUAUAAUCCGCCAAUUUAUGGAGGAGAUUAUAAUUACAAUGAUACAAGUCGAGAUGAAGAUUCCUACUUAUCAAAAUUGAACCAGACAAAAAAAUUUUCGCAAUUUAAACCUUAUACUGGUCGAGAUUAUGAUCAGUUUAAAAAGAAUUAUGGUUUUGGUUCGGGUCAUCUUGGCUCGGAUUUUGAUAAUACUACUCAUAAAGAAAAAAUGGAAAAAUUAGCCAAAACAAGACAAUAUGCUCAACAGAUCGAAGCAAGAAAUAAGAAAAAAUUAUCGGAUGGUUCUCGUCGUACAUAUUCAGACACAAGAUUACCAGCAGAAGCAUCUAAAUCAUCACGGCUUUCGGUAUUUCCUUAUACAUCGGUUCGUGCAAAACAAUACUCAGGUAAAUCAGCGCACUCUUCGCCUCCUAGUAUAAAUGGCAUACUACCAUAUAUUCCUGCACGUCGUCCAACUGAAGUUCUUUAUCGACCAGUACUACCUGUUCCAAGACAACUCAUGAUAUCACCACAACAUGAAGAUAAUGAGACUAUCGUGACUCUAAGUACGCAUCACGAAGAUGAAUAUACUCCAAGACAACCUACAAUGAGUCCACUUCAAAAACGACACGAACAGAGAGUUCAGAGUGAUAGUCGUCAUAUUGGCAAUGUUACAAAACUGGAUCAAUCUCGAGCUAAUCAAAGAUAUUAUUCAUCAUUACCAAAACAUGUGCCCAUAGCACGUUCAAAUAACAAUGAUAUUAAACGACGACCAGUUAGAUUUGAUAAACUGCUUCUGCAUGAUGAAUCAACAAAUUCAUCUGCACAACAAAAUGGACCCAUUCAAGAACGACAGCAACAUAAACUACUACCAAAUAUUGAUCAAUCCAUAAAUCAACAACAAAAUACUACAAAGAUGAUAACUGAAGCAGCACGCCAAGAAUUGAAUGAACCAUCUGUAAAUGAUAAAGAACAAUAA